UGUACCAAAAGAUAACAACAAAGUUAUACAUUAUUGAAAAUUAAAGUGUCGAGCUUCCGUACUGUGUUGUAGGCCUUCACGAAAUUUCGAAGACCUGUAAAUUCGACCUGAACUCGUACACAGAGAGAUCCCAUUUUUUUCAUCCACCGACUUCCCCUCAUUCCGUCAUCGGAGUGGAAAAUCAUUGAGCUAAACGAUGAAAGCUAGGAAAGUUAGCGGCAGAGGAGAAACAAUGGGACAUUUUGCAUUUGGACCCUUAGAGGAUGACUUAAUCAUUAAACAUCGGCUUCUCACUCGAACAACAACUACACGAGGUGAACCUCCGUUGAGAAAACUUCAAAAGAAGUUUACAGCUUUUGCUGUUGAAGCCGAAAAGGAUGCAGACAAUUACGCUGAUUGUGAGAGGCUUGCGAAGGUGUUUUUACAGGAAUUGAAAACUUUUGAGCUUCCGUUGGUGAAGACAAAGGCGGUUAUUGAUGCAAAUGUUAGAGAAAAGGAGAAUUUUAAUGAGUUGAAUGACGAGAUUAAUAGGAAGAUAGUGGAAGCACAAGAUGAUAUUGAAGAUUUGAAAAAGCAACUUGAGGCGAGUAAGGUUGAGAGGAAGCAUAAGGAGGAAUGUGAGACGAUUAGGAAGUUGAUUGCUGCUCAAACGCCAAGAUCUGAUACACAGAAGCUGAUUAAUCAAUUGGAGAUGGAGAUCGCUGCUUUGGAAGCCGAGAAUACUGCAAGUUCCAGCACACUUGAGCUUCGUAAAAAGCAAUUUGCUCUUCUGUUGCAUGUGGUUGAUGAGCUACAAAACACCAUUGAGGAAGAUCAAAAGAGUAUGAUGGAAGAAAUGCGAAUGACGCUUUAUGAGAACAAAAACAUCGUUGAAGAUGCUGCCGGGAGUUCCGAAGCUAUGGUCAUUAAUUAAUGUAUGUUUUUACCUGUCUCAGUUUCAUGACAUGUCAAAUUCCAGUCAAUGUUCCCAAUGUAAUGAAAAACUUAAAUUAAAAGGCCUUUUAGCUCCAUCAAUUUUCAUAUCCCAUUUGCGGUUUUGUAUUAUUUUGAAAAAGGCAGACAAACAAGACUCUUUAGGUUUCAAGUAUGCUUCCCAGUUCCCCUAUUCAUUAGGACGUAUCAAGACAUGGAAACUGAGUGAUGAAAACAUUCUAAAAAUCAACUCAGACAUGGAGGAGAUUCUUGCCUAAUGUGCUGAACGUCUAUGAUUAGCUUUUGCUAUCAAGCUAAAUUUAUGAAUACUGUCUGAUGUAUGCUGUUUAUUUGGUUAAAGUUGAUUGUUGUAAAAUUGGAUUCAGGUAGCUUAUGAAAACGAUCAAUUAUUGGUCAAACAUGUAAUAUACCUUCCAACGGUGGAAAUUGUUUGUUUACUUAUCCAUGAGGCGAUUUAGGCUA